AUGCCGACAAUGCCUACUUUAUCUGACGAUAUAGUGAUACCGAAGCCGAAACUUAUUACUAGAGAAACAGACCCACUACAUAUAAUAAAAACAAGGCAGAAAACACAUGGUAGACCUGUGACCAUUGCUGGCCCGAUGGUUCGAUAUUCCAAACUACCAUUUCGUCAGCUAUGCCGGGAAUAUGAUGUUGAUAUAGUUUAUUCUCCCAUGAUUUUAGCAAGAGAGUAUGUGCGUAAUGAGCAUGCAAGAAUUUCAGACUUUUCUACAAAUAGUGAAGACACUCCAUUAAUAGUCCAAGUUGGUGUAAACAACGUUGCCGAUUUACUUAAAUUUGUGGAAAUGGUUGCCCCUUAUUGUGAUGGCGUGGGUAUCAACUGUGGGUGUCCCAUAAAGGAACAAAUCCGAGAAGGCAUUGGCUGUGCCUUGAUAUACAACCCAGGGUUAUUGUGUGAUAUGGUUCGUGCUGUCAAAGGUAAAUAUGGCGACAAACUGAGAAUCGAAACAAAAAUAAGAAUACAUGAGGAGUUGAACGAAACAGUAAAUUUGUGUCGAGAAUUAUGUGAGGCAGGUGUGGAUUGGAUUACAAUCCAUGGUCGAACACGUAGAACUAGAUCAUCGCAGCCAGCUAACCUUGAUGCAAUAAAGUAUAUAAUCGAGAACAUCAGGGACAAAAAUGUGCCUGUCAUAGCCAAUGGAGACUGUUUCAAGUUAUCUGAUCUGGAAAGAAUCACUACGUACACUGGUGCAUCUGGUGUUAUGGCUGUGCGUGGAUUAUUAAGCAAUCCGGCCUUAUUUGCAGGGUAUGAAACCUGCCCGUGGGGCUGCAUUGAAAAGUUUUGGUAUUGGGUUUUAGAGUUCGGUGGCUUACCUUUUCAAUUGACCCUGCACCAUCUAUAUUGCAUGCUUGAGAGCAUGGACUUGAGGAAACCACUUUUAAAAGAGAUGAUGAAUCUUAAAAAUUACAUCAGUUUGAUAGAUUGGUUUGAUAAAACCUUUUACUUCAAGCGCUUCGGCGAAGAUGAAUUCGGUAAGGCUGUCGAAAUUCCUUAUAAAAACUAA